GCUGCUGUCGCUGUUUUGCUGUAGUUGUCGAGUUUUUCUGUGUUUGCUUUUUAGGGAAAAAAGAAGUAUUUUUUCUAAUUUUUAACAGUGUUACGUGCUUUUGUAAAUAAAAUAGAUUAUUUCACUUAUCCUUGAGCUUAGUGCAAUUUAAAAGUGUUCAAGAUAUCGCUGCUAUAGAUUUGAAAAAAAAGUCGCAUCAGCUUCUUCAGCAUCCUAAUUUGCCUCAUACGUUUAUGGGAUUUAUGUACAAAGCGGACAAAAUGCUAAGAGAAGAGGCGGCGUCGUGACGGCUGUAGUGGCGACAUGAACGCGGCGCUGAGGCCGGACGCCGGCGAUUCGACGCCCGGCUCCGACGUUGGCGAAAACAUCACCCGCCUCUUCCCCAAGUGCCGCCCGAAGAACAUGCAGCACCAGCACGAUAGGUACAGACUGAGUACUGGUCUGGAAGGAAGAGACAUGAUUAGCGUAAACAACGCGUCCUCUGAUGAAGAGCAAGACCAAGUCAUCCUUAACACUAAAGGUGGCACUUACAAGCUACGGGACUCGAGGAUAAUAGAAAUCGCCGGAGGCAGAGAACUGUACUCACAAAGUAGGGCGAAGGCUGUGAGAAAGUUGCGACAUAGCACCACUCACAAACACAACCUCAGGAACAAAGUGCGUUCACUCAACAAAGACGCCGUAGACUAUACCAAUGAUAAUAACAUCAAUAAUGAAAUAACUAUACACAGAAUUAAUAGUGAACCAAAAAAGAUGAUAUCACGUCAUACAUCACCCGUAACAUACACGAAUGGUGAUCGGGAAGCGACUAUAGAACAGAAUCCCAUGGGGAUACCAAAGAACAGUUCACCUAUACUAGACCCACAUAAAAUAAAUGACGUGAGCACAAAAAGCAGUCCGAUAGCAGUCGUGGCUGAUGGGGAAGUUAUGGUUUUUGAUGAAAACGAUGAUUGGAAAGUGAUAUUGAAUUCUGUGUCCCUAGGUUUGAGGAUGGACCCAGACGCUAGUGACCACGAAAUAGAUUUGAGUGUUAAAAGGACUUUAGACAAUAUGAAAAACGGUGAUUGUGACAUGUUGAACAAUAAAAGUGAAUUGAGUUGUGAUGAGAGUGAGUCUUCGAGGUCGGAGGAUGUCAGGUUGAGUGAAGGGAGUCCGACUGCCGUAUGGCUGUCGGGGGAUGAAGAUAAGAACAGGGUCACUAGGGUCAUAGGGGAACUGCCGAUAGCUGAGUACGAAGGCUCCCCGAGAAGAUAUGGCAUCGGGUCACAGAAGGCUCCUGUCAGGUCACCGCGACCAGGGUUCCCUCAGAGAGUACUUCCUGAGAGUAGAGAUGCAACGCCUCCGCCCGGCUCAGCGGCUUUCGAUUAUUUGUAUGAGUUCUCGGAAACAAGAAAGGUCCUAGAAGAGUUCUUUAGAUGUCCCACUUUACCUGGACAGCAGCAGAAUAUUAAUGACGAGAUAGUCAAUUUCCAGACGUUUUUCCAGGAACUCGAUUACGAACUUCGAAGACAAACGCAAGAUUGUCCGUCAGAAAAUGGCAUCGACGGGAGCGAGUCGGAUUGGCCUCAGAACGAACCAAUAGAAUCUCCACACGCCUUGAAUAAUCACACGGACUUCUUGGGACUACAGCAAAAGCGUGGUCGCUUCCCGUCUCCAGAAAUAUCAGCGCUACAGCCGGGUGACGGCGCUAGUGUUUGCGGCUCCCCACCUGGAUCUAGCUCACGCAGUGACCUUUCAGUGGCCGGCGCAGAAAGCGAAAUGCCCGUCAAAGCCUGUGUCAGAUACCCCGCGAUGUUUCCUGCCAACGAAUCUGAGAUACAGCUGUCGAUGGCCAUCAUUGAGACGGACUUAGCAGAAAUGCAAGUUCAAGAAGGACUUCGCACGCUGCCCAUAGUCGAGGACGGUCUCUCAUCGGGACACACGUCAGACGCGGACAAUAACAAUGCCAUUUUACAGACGCAUUCUGCGACAAUCGAGGAACAAGUGGACAGUGUCAAUAACACUGACCUCGUCCUCACCGACGCUGAUCUGCACUCCUUGGAUCCGUUAGCCUCAGCUCCGCCGCCUCCAGCUCCGGCACCCCACCGGCCGGCAGACGGAACACAUGCGGCGCAUUCAACACACACGCCACAUCAUCGCCACGGAUCUCACCACGAAGACGUGUACCCGAGGAAAAGGCCCUCGUCGGCUCAAAGUACGGAAUCAGUUGAAAUAAAACCAGCAAGCGGCGAUGAAGACGAGGCUGACACAGAUUUGGAGACGGACAGACUGCUCGGCCAGCAGAGGACUGAUGAUCAAGGAUUCUUUGAUGAUAAAGGCUGGCGUAAACCUAAGUCUCGUACUGUGAUGCCGUCGGGUGGGUCAAGGGACGCUCAUGAUGAUCACAGGGAAGACGAAGUGCAUAAUGGAAAGGAUAAGGACGGGAAAAAGAAAAGCAAGAACAAGGAAGAUUGGGCCGCAGUCUUGAUAGAGGGCGUGCUGUUCAGAGCCCGUUAUCUAGGCUCCACCCAAUUGGCGUGUGAAGGUCAACCGACCAAAGCUACAAGGAUGCUGCAAGCUGAAGAAGCUGUGUCUCGGAUCAAGGCUCCAGAAGGUGAAAAUCAGCCGAGCACCGAAGUUGAUCUUUUCAUAUCAACUGAGAAGAUUAUGGUCCUUAACACUGAGUUGAAGGAAAUAAUGAUGGAUCAUGCUUUGAGAACGAUAUCUUAUAUAGCUGAUAUAGGGGACCUGGUUGUGUUGAUGGCAAGGAGACGGUUUGUACCCCACGAGAAUGAUUCCGAUCAACCAAAAUUGAACCGUACGCCUAAGAUGAUAUGUCAUGUUUUCGAAAGCGAAGAGGCCCAGUUCAUAGCUCAGUCCAUAGGCCAAGCUUUCCAAGUUGCGUAUAUGGAGUUCUUGAAGGCCAACGGUAUAGAGGACCAUAGCUUUGUGAAAGAAAUGGACUAUCAGGAAGUGCUUAACAGCCAGGAGAUAUUUGGUGACGAACUACAAAUGUUUGCAAAGAAGGAAUUGCAGAAAGAGGUGGUUGUCCCGAAGACGAAGGGAGAGAUCCUCGGAGUGGUUGUGGUGGAAUCGGGCUGGGGUUCCAUGCUGCCCACUGUGGUCAUUGCGAAUCUCGCACCAGCCGGUGCGGCCGCGAGGUGUGGACAACUCAAUAUUGGUGAUCAGAUAAUCGCGAUAAACGGUGUAAGUCUCGUGGGUCUGCCGCUGUCUACAUGUCAGACUUAUAUUAAGAACUCCAAGAACCAGACGGUGGUGAAGCUGACGGUGGUGCCGUGCGCGCCCGUCGUCGAGGUGAAGAUCAAACGACCCGACACCAAGUACCAACUGGGAUUCAGCGUUCAGAACGGCGUGAUCUGCAGUCUACUCCGCGGCGGUAUAGCUGAGCGCGGCGGCGUGCGCGUCGGUCAUCGCAUCAUAGAGAUCAACUCUCAGAGCGUGGUGGCCGUCCCCCACGAGAGGAUCGUCAACCUGCUGGCCACCUCCGUCGGAGAGAUCCUAAUGAAGACGAUGCCGACGUCCAUGUUCCGGCUGCUGACCGGCCAGGAGAACCCGGUGUUCAUUUAACGCGACACAAGUGCCUGCUUCAUAGCCGAAGGGCCCUUACACGCGUAUGACUGUACUGCUAACAAUAUACUCUAAACUAUUACUUGUACCAUACAAUAAUGACAUGUUACGGCUUUCUCGUGUAUUGUAAAUCUAAAUAUUCUCAGAUAUACAAAGUAAAAGUUGAAUAUUAGAAUGUUGGUUUGAAAAAAAAUAAUAAAAUCGUGUUAUGAUACAAAUGUAUGAGUUGUGGAUGUGCUGUCUUGUGAUACGACGGAUAUCAAAGGUGUGUUAUUAUUAUUAAAUCGUGUGUAACGGCCCUUAUUGCGAACAAAAUGCAAUACGCUCCCGUACAAUGUUUCCGACUUUGUGUAGAGGAUUUAUUUUCUAAUAAUUUUUAUAUUAUUUUAAUCCUAUUAUUGUGCGUCUAAUUGUCUCACAUCGUGAGAAUCGUGAGAAUUUGUUGGACGUGGAAGUGAGCUCAGCUAUAGAAUACUCGACUCAAAGUAAGUGAUGUACAAGUUACGAUGCUUAAAAUGCUUACGUAGGUCAUGUAAGGUAGGUUAAGUUACAUAUAAGACAUGUUUUGCACUUGCUGCUGAGAGAAACGUAUAUUUGGCGUUCCCCCGAAAUUAAAAAAAAAAACUAUGCGCAAUGGUUUUUAUUAUACAUACUUAUAUGUUACGUUUUAUAACUCGACGGAGGUUUGACAGUUUUUCUACAGUCCAAACAGUACUCCUACUAUAGAACGUAAUGAAUCGAAACAUUACUGUUAUAGAACCAAAAAUUCAAGUGAAUUUCUCGGUUUAACUGAUAUAUAAGUUCUGUGCAUUUGUUUUCAUUCCUCAGCAACCGUCCCGCCGGCUGGAGCAAGUGCAGAACACAUGUCAACACUAUGUACACAUAAUUAAUACCUUUAAUAAUUUAUUGAUGUAUACUUAUAAUUGAAAAUCAAAACGCUCAUAUCUGCUUAGAUAUUAUUAAUAUAAGUUAUCACCGUAUUGAAUACUUCUAUUUCUAAAGUCUAAAUGACAACAAAAUGCACUAGCUGCCUUUCUGCCAUAGACAAUAAGUAUAUUUUCUUGUCAUAUACUAUAGUUUAGUUAUUAUGCAAAACGUUGCCAUAUUUAGUUGUUUUUUAAUUUAGUCAUUAUUAUCUGAAAUCAUUCCAUUCGUAGUCCCUUUUUGUUUUCGUCAUAGACUGUUUUUAUUUUUUUAUAUAUAUUUUUUUUUCUUGUAUCUUUGAUAUUUAAAAAUAUUUUUGUAUGUUAGUAACACCAAUACAUGUAGGUUAAAACAGAUUAUAAUGUAUAGCUGUUAGCGUGGUCGGAGUGUCGGACUAAAAUCAAAUGUUUAGUAACAGUGGAAGUGUUGUCUGUAGGGACGGAUCUCGAUGUGAUCAUUGAUAAAUAAAUGAAUUGAUUAGUGAAUAUGAUAAAACAUUAUUUCAUGUAGCGUUUCAAAAGAUAUGUCAUAUUUUGUAAAUUUUAUAGUGUGGCUAUAGCGUAACUAUGUAACCUAAUGUAUGUUUUAACUAAGCUUAGCGCUCUGAGGACGAGUUCUAUUUAUGUAUAAAAUAUUUAUUGUAUAAGACACCCCCCUUCCCCCUCCCCCACCCUUCCUUCAACCCCUAGUCAUAUAUAAACCGCUUGUCUAUAUCAUCUCCAAAAUAAUUAUGCUUUUGACAAAUAUAGUCACUAUUUAUAACAAAAAAACUAUCCUUCCUUAUAGUUUGCUGAAACGACCAGUUCUUCACAAUCUUUGGGCUGACGGAUUUUUCCAUUUAAUCGAUUUCAGCGCUUCACUCUCCUCACUGACAGCGGUACCGAUGAAGUACUGCAUUUAUUUAAGAGAAAAAAGCGCUAAAACCGCUCAUGUCUCAAGACGUUCAGUGUCUAUAUAGAAAAUGUUUCAGUAGAAUGAAGUAUAUUUUGAAUAUGUUCCACACUGGUCGCGCCCCUUCGUUUUAGGUUAAAAUGUUUACAGAUACGGUCUGAUAUGUAAUUUUAUAUUGCUAGCUGUUGUGAAUAAGAUUUUAUUUACAUUGAAUGAACACAGAUAAUAAAUAGCGUUUUAUUGUGAAAGCUGAUAUAUGUAGGUACACUGUAACAUGUGAAAUAACUAUUGUUGUUCUCAUUUCUAAGAGUAUUAUUCUAGUCUGCAUUAAAGUUAAGAAUAAAAAUGAACAAAUUUA